AUGGACAAUUUGAACUAUACUUCUAUACCUGCACCAUCGCAGGGUAGAUAUCCGGCCGCCUUCCCUUUCUUCCUGCACAUCCAGCACGUCCGAUAUCAACCAGCUCUCCAUACACCGGCCAGCGUCGAAGGUCCAGAAUUCUAUUGGCGGCCAUCCCACCUAGGUCAAUUUGUAGUUGAGAGUUCAUCAGAUUGGUGGACCUGGGUUCCCUACCAGCCUCAAGGAGGCCUACGUCGACCAACGCAGCAAGAAAAUGAGCGGCGCAGAUUGCACGGGACCAGCACUUUGGUCUGGGAUCCCGAGCGUCACGGCUAUAUACAUGCACCCAUCGACUGUACUACUGACUCCUUUAGGACUUUCAGGGCUGAAGAUUGGCGGCGACUCUCCUUUGGCCGUCACGAAGCCGAUGGGGACUCUAAUCUGGCAGUCCUUGGCCACCACAUGGAUGACUAUCGACUGCACCUCCAAGGGCCAGGUUCCUGGUUUGAGCAACUUCUGCCUGACGUCUGCCAGGCGCAGGUGGACAGUCAACCAACGUGUAGGCUGGCCGGGUACCUUAGCAUCCUUGUCGGCCUCCUUGCCUUUGGUGUCAAGCCAGAUGAUGAUUAUAAGGCAAUCAUCAGGUCUUUCAGACCAGACAUGUUCUCGACGCGGUUCCGUCCUCAUCAACUGCAGCAGAAUCCAAGACACAAGAAACGCUCAAUGGUCAUCGAGAUUGGAUUUGAUCCAGAGUGGACGUCGGCCGACCAACUUUCUGCUUGGGAGCGCGGCGACUACGGCGAGAUGUUCAGCUGA